AUGGCUACAUCGACGUUGCAGCUGGAAUUUUCACAGGCCAUGGCCGAUUUCAAGAAGAUGUUCCCGGACAUUGACCGCGAGGUGAUUGAGGCUGUGCUGCGCGCUAAUUUGGGUGCUGUGGAUCAAACCAUCGACCAACUGCUUGCUAUGUCAACUGACAACCAGAACGAAAAACUGCGCAAUGAACUGGAUGCUAAUGUCUCACCACAACAGAGUCUCAUCAAUCUCAGCGAUUCGGACAGAGAGCUGCGACGCAAUCAGCAGCUCGUUGAUGCCACAGACGGCGGCACGGAGAGCGGCGCCGCUGCAGCCGCCGCUGCUACUGCUGCUGCUGCUGCCGGCAACACAUUGCUAAGCACUGCAACCGCUUCGCCGAAUCAUCACAAUACGGGCGCCUCGCCCAAGCAACGUCCGCUGGGCGCCUCGAAUAGGGGCAGCGCCAGCAAUACGCCCACCAAGCGCACUCACACCGUUGCAUUGUCCAACAGCAGCAGCAGCAACGCUUCUCGACGCUGGAAUCCACCAAUAUUGGGUGCGCUGCCACCGGGAUUCUUGCGCGUGGCGCCAGCACCUGGCCAGCAGGACUUUGAGCUGCCCGACGAACAGUUUGCGCUGAUGUUGCAGAACGAGGAGUUUAUGAAUCAGUUGCGAUGGAAUCAGGACUUUAUGAAUGCGCUAGAGAAGGAGCAGAGCGGCAAGGCCAAGGGCGAAGAUGAUGCACCAUUCCAAGAGCGGCUCAAGAAUAUGGGCAAGCUGUCGCGCAAGAAAUUCCUACAAAUGGCGCGCGUCUUCACCUGGCAGCGCAACAAAAAGGUGACCACCGCCAAACAGAUCGAUUCGCUGCCCUUGCGCGAGGAGCCCAGCGACGAUGAGGAUCAUCACCAUCAUCAUCAACAGCAGCAGCAGCAGACCCAGCACCAGCAGCAACAGUCGAAUCAACAACAACAGAGCCAGGUCCAGCAACAGCAGCAGGGUCAAUUGCAGCUGCGCAAGUAAACGCCAGAUCUGGAUACCAGAUGUUUAGACACUAGAGUACCCAUUGUUUGUUAUCUUAUCCUUAUUCUUAUCAUAUUAUCUCAUCUGGCCAUAAACGUACGUCAAGGCCAUGUGUUUACCUUCAGGCAUAAGACAAAACCCGCGCUAGUACUCCCUACUCCCCGUAAUCUAAACCCGUUUCACGUAGUAAUCUCAAACGAAAUCUAACGAAAUCUGAAAUCUCGCAACAGACGAUGCAUGUAUUAUGUAUAUUUCUAGUUUUAAAUGUCGUGUAAUAACCAAAAGUGCAAUUUUCCAAUCCCAAACAAUCCCCAGUGCAAUAUCUCAUGUGUAUAUUUGUUUUUGACUAUUAUAAAUUUAUAUUAUUAUUAUACUUGUUUAUAUAUUAUUAUUUUUUUUUUAUUCAUUUUUUCGUUGUUGCCAAAUUAGCGUUAAUUAAGUUUUAUUGAUAAUUUUUAAAAUGGCAGUUCUUAUGCAGAACAUUUAUAGUUGGACUGAUUCUAAAUGCGUUAAUUAGUAAUUGAAGAGCAUCGCAGAAAAUAAAAUAUGUACAUCUAGAGCACUUGCUAAACUCAAAACUAGUCAUAAACACAAGCAAAAAAAAGAAAAGAAAACGAAACUCAAUUUAUGUACAGCAAAAAUAUGUAUUUGUGCUAUCCAAAAACAAAAAAAAAAUCCAACUUUCCCCACCCACUCGGAGUUUUUAAAAUACGUAUAAUAAUCGCCUGCGCUUAGUUGGCUUCUAUUGUCAUGCUCCAUGGAAAACGGCGGCAAGAAAUAAAUGUCCAUAUCAAACUGUUGAUAUUACAGAUACAGCAUAAAAAAUAUACAUACAUAUAUGGACAUAUACCAUCCAUAGUUUUGGUGGCUAUGCAAACAUAUGCAACUAUUUGAUUGUAAUUGUAAUUGUAAUUGUAUUAUAAACCAUAUUUGAAAUACUAUUAUAUUCAUAUUCCAAGUAUAAAAUACAGCAAAAUAUUUGAAAAUUCCA